AUGGAACCGGCGUACGACUUUCCGCGUGUCGUCGGCUCGGCGCGCAUCGUGCAGCUGGCCGCGCUGGCUAUCCAGGUGCUGUGCCUGUACGUCUCCGCGGCCGAUAUUGGCGGCAGCGUGAUCAUCCACAUCGGCGUCAUCGGCUUCAACCUCGCCCAUGUGGCGCGCCGAUGGUUCUACAACAUUGACGGGCGCUACGACUUUCGGCAAAUGAUCGCGCCGAACAUGAACAACACGCUGCGCACCCAGUACGCCAUCGCGCUAUUUACCGGGGUCGUGCUCGGGCUCGUCGAGUACUUCAUCGCGCCGCCGAUCGGCUCCGCCCUCUUCCGGCUCGUCUUUUGGUUGGCCCUCUACGCGCAGCUGCUCGGCUCCAUCGCCACGCUAGCCUUCGAGGCGGCCGAGGUGCUCCGCGGCAACAAGAAC